CGAUUAUUUUCUCAACAGUAUACCUUAUUAUGACAACCCCCAUUUCAACAACUAUACACUUUGAAGAUAUUCGAGCUAAUAUAUGGCAACAACUUCAGCAACGUGAUAGACAAGAACAACUCUUCCAUAGUGUCAUUUCAUCUAACCAACGAUUACAGCAACAAUUGAAUCAACUUGAAAAAAAGGCUAAACUUGAUAACAGUAGUCAUAUUACAUCGUCUAGACACUCCUUAUCAAGUUCAAACGCAAAUGUUGAAAUAUUAGAACAACGGAUACGGGAACUGAAGGAAGAGCGCGCAGAUAUGUACAAAUUACAAAGUGAAAAUGCUCAAAGACUGGUUCUGAUGAAUGAUCAAUUACGUAACAAAGAAGAAACGGAUGCAAAGCAAAAACAAGAACUGGUCUUAUUGGCUGAUCAAACCAAAAAGUUGACAGAAAAAUCCAAUCUACAAAUUGAACAACUUCGAGAGAAAGACGUGACGAUCCAGAUUCUACAAGAUGAACUCAGUGCAUUGCAACUAGAAAUCAAUACCAUAGAACAACGAAAUCAGCAAUUGACCAAAGAAAAUCUUCAAUUAGUACAGCGAUGGAUGGAAAAAAUGAAUUCAGAGGCAGAUAAAAUGAAUGAAGCAACUCAAUUUUAUGAAACGGCAUUACAACAACAACUUGCACAAUCUCGACGUAAACAACAACUAUCAUCAUCAAAUAAAAACUCUUCUUCAGAUCAAUCCUUAUUAUUGCGAACCAGUACCAUAGUAUUACCACGUCAACACUACAAGUCUUUUACAACUACACAAGAAGGUGAUCUUUAUUGUAUUCAAGCAUCCAAAACAGGAAAAUACUUUGCAACUGGAGCAGAAGACAGAAGAAUCAAAUUGUAUGAUAUUACCAAAGGCAUGUCAUCCGCUAGCACUACAACAUUAUCAGGGGCGUUACAAUCCAUUACAUCAAUAGAUUUCAAUUCAUCCGAUGAUUAUUUGGUGGCUUCUUCUACAGAUCACUCUACGCGUGUUUGGAAUCUUUCUACAAAAAGGAUCGCACAUACGUUGACAGGUCAUAUUGGAAAAGUGUUUGCAGCAAAAUUUGUACCAGCAGAUAAUAAUCGUGUUGUUACCGGAAGUCAUGAUCGUACCUUGAAAGUGUGGGAUUUGAAUAAAGGAUGGUGUGUACGAACGAUUUUUUCCUUUUCAAGUUGUAAUGAUAUCUGUCUCUUGGAUCCUGAUGGUCAAACAGUAGUGAGUGGUCAUUUAGAUAGUACUUUACGUAUUUGGGAUGCAAAAUCUGGGAAUGGAAUCAAGGACUUGAAUGGAAUUCAUACAGAUCAAAUUACUUCUGUUUGUGUCUCUCCUGAUGGAUCAUCCGUGUUGACAAAUAGCAGGGAUAAUACAUUGAAAAUAGUAGACGUUCGUAUGUACGAGGUUGUACAUUCUUUCAGUGCUCCUACAUAUCAAAAUGGAUUGAAUUGGUCAAGAGCAUGUUUUAGUCCUGAUGGAUGCUAUGUAGCUGCUGGAUCAAAAGAUGGAACCGUUCAUAUUUGGAAUGCAAGAAACAGUCAACUAGAACGUACACUCAAAGGUGAUCACAAAUCUCUUAUCUGUGGUGUUGCAUGGAGUCCACUUGGUACUGAUCUUUACUCCGCUGACAAGACUUCCAAAACUGUUUGUAUUUGGGAUACUUCUAUUGAACAACGUUCAUUGUCUUCUUUAUCUAAAUAGAUAGAUGUAUUUGUCAAUUAGUUUUUGAAAUAAACUAUAUUUUGGACAAGAGA